AAUGAAUAACUUUCACAUAUGCAGGAUUUUCAGCUUCAGCAAGUAGAUUCUCAUGGAGAACAGUUAUUGAAGAGAGGGUCCAUUUGGUGGAGUGUAAUGCAAAAAGAAUGAAUCAAGAUAAAACUUCUAGAUGCAAGUACCAGAAAAAUUACAACACAUCCCAGUGAAUUUGCAAGUGGAUUGUCUUUCCUUGUGGGUUAGCAGGCAGUUAUAGGACUGCAAAAUGGGUCUCCGGAUUCACUUUGUUGUUGACCCACAUGGUUGGUGCUGCAUGGGUUUGAUUGUCUUUGUCUGGUUAUACAAUAUUGUUUUAAUUCCCAAAAUUGUCCUCUUUCCUCACUAUGAAGAAGGACAUAUUCCAGGCAUAGUAAUAAUAAUAUUUUAUGGCAUUGCCAUAUUUUGUCUGGUCGCCUUAGUGAGGGCCUCAAUAACUGACCCAGGAAGACUCCCAGAGAACCCUAAGAUCCCACAUGGAGAAAGGGAGUUCUGGGAAUUAUGUAACAAGUGUAAUUUGUUGAGACCAAAGCGUUCCCAUCAUUGCAGCCGCUGUGGCCACUGUGUGAGAAGAAUGGAUCAUCACUGUCCAUGGAUUAACAAUUGUGUUGGUGAAGAUAAUCAUUGGCUUUUUCUACAGUUGUGUUUCUACACUGAACUUCUUACUUGCUACGCACUGAUGUUUUCUUUCUGCCACUAUUAUUAUUUUCUUCCAGUAAAAAAGCGUAAUUUGGACCUCUUUGUUGUUAGACAUGAAUUGGCCAUAAUGAGACUAGCUGCCUUUAUGGGUAUUACUAUGUUAGUUGGAAUAACUGGACUCUUUUAUACACAACUAAUUGGUAUUAUCACAGAUACAACAUCUAUUGAAAAGAUGUCAAACUGUUGCGAAGAGAUAUCSAGGCCCCGAAAGCCAUGGCAGCAGACCUUCUCAGAAGUUUUUGGCACUCGUUGGAAGAUCCUGUGGUUCAUUCCUUUCAGGCAGAGGCAACCACUGCGCGUUCCCUACCACUUUGCCAAUCACGUCUAAACAGAUGGAUGGUGGGCACAGAUGGGUCCUCCAUGCUGGAAAUGCGUUACAGGUUUUAUGAUAAUAGAACUAUGACAGUCUUCAAGUCAAUUAAAAUCCACCCACCAAUCUUAGGCAUCAUAAUGUGCCCCAGGCUUUAUUUUAAUAGUGAUCUUGAUCCUGUUGUGGGACUAAUACAAGAUCUAUAUUUAAGUUUUAAAGCAUGUUUACUUUCAAAUUAGCUUUCCACAGAGAUUUCUAUAAAUGCUUUUGUUAUUAAACUCAAAAGGCAGCGAUUAGGAUGAAAUAAUUGUACAUAAGUUCCUUUUAGUACUGACUGUGUUACAGAUUUUAAUUUAUGGGAAAUUUCAGAUGUUUAUUUAAAUUUUCACCUUUAAGCAGUACUAAUGAAAUCUGAAUUUAAUUAUUCAGAUUUUACAAAACUUGAUAUAUACCUUCUUAUAUGUAAAUUUCCUUUUUCAAAUACAAGUUAAAAUACUUAAUACUUCUUUUUAUAUGUGCUGCAAGUUUUUUUUUUUUAAUGCAGUGUAGAAGUGAAUAACAACAAAGGGCAGUGUUUUCUUAGGAGUUGCUUCCUAAUGUUUUCUCUUUUUCUCCUCCCCAGAACCAAAAUAAAACACCACAAAAGUAAAACACCAGCUACCUACCUUAUAAUAAAGAAAAGGUUGAUUUUUUUCCACAUUAAUUUUCUGUAUUUUUUCCCUUUACUGUUGUAAUUAUUGAUUGUUUUUAGGAUAUUUGCUUCCAAGAGAAAUUUGUGACCAGUGGGCAUACAUUCCUAUUUACCCUAAAAUUUUAAUGAGGAAAGGGUAGAAAAUUUGCAAUAAUUCCAGUUACUUUUCUAGUGCAAUUAUAUUAGAAUGCAUAUGUUUUUAAAAUGCCAGUAUAACUAGAUACUAUAUAAUGUACAGUGUAAAGAAGAGUAUUGUGCUUUUAAAAAUAUAUAUCCUUUUUACUUUUAUUUAUCUACUAGUGAAUCUAAAAUUAUUCAUUGGACAUUUAUGUAAUAGAUAGUGGCCAACUCAUUGAAAUUUUAUUUAUAAGAAGGUACUAGUAAAAGUAAGUUAUUAACUUUCAUGUACCUAUAAUCACCUAAAUUGAAAUUAAAUUUUCAUUGGCCAGCUACAAUUUGUAUUUCUAAACACCUUUUAUCAGUAGCUGUUAGGAAAUGACCUUAAAAUAAUAACAUAGAAUAAUCUAUAUUUAUCAUUAGCAUUAUACAAAUUUAAGUUGCUAAUAGUGAUUGGAAAGCACAGAACAUUUGGGUAAAAAGUCAUUUAGUGUGCUUUGAAGUAAAUUCAGAUUUUAAUUUUUUUUUCCAUUGGAAUACUGCAAAAUCCAUGCUUUUUAAAAAAAUUUAUGUACUUACAUUUACUUGAAGAGAAUAUUGAAAUUGUCUACUAUUCUUGGACCAUAUUAAUAUUUUUCUUUGGUUACUUUGGAAAGAAAAAAAUCACACCUGGGAACUAAUGAAACAGAAGGUGACCAUUGUCAGCCAAUUAGCUAUACUAUGGCUAGUUCAUUCAGAAAUUGUAAAUAUCUUAUAAAAUAUCCUAAAAUAAUAGAAUUAACUCUCCUCAAAAAUAAUAACAUGUUUUUAUGUUUUAAUUAUAAUGUGUUAAUAUUUUAAAACUUAGAAGUGGCAGAUGAAGGUAUUUAUUGGUGCUAAUYAGAAGCAUAGUAAAUGUAAUAUAAGAAAUAUAUUUAUAAAAAUUAGUAUGUGUGUUAAGCAGUUGGAUUGAAUUUUGUGCAAGCUAACUGACCAAAUUUGACGUUGUGGCCCAACUAUUAAAAGGAAGUAUUGUAGCUAUUAUGUAGGUAGAUAUCAGUUGAAUACUUUAUAUUGUAUAUAUUCCUUUUACAAAAAGACUUUGAGAAAACA